UGUGAGGUGGCUGAGGAGGCGGAGCCGAGUGUGCGCGAGGGACCGGCUUUGGGGCAGGGCGGAGUGUCGAGGCCGAGUUGACUGCAGGCUCGCAGGGCCUUCUCGGGGCGGGAUCCCUUGCUAGGGGGUAUGGGGGCGGGGCGUGGGUGCCGGGGCGGAACCCGAGGGCCGGAAGCGGACAGAACCCGGGGUCCCGCAAGCUGCCCGCCAUGGACGAAGCGGACCGCCAGCUCCUGCGGCGAUGUCGGGUGCGCCUGGUUGGCGAGCUGCAGGUCGCCGAGCUCUGGGACGCUCUGCUUAGUCGAGAGCUCUUCACGCGGGACAUGAUCGAGGAUAUCCAGCAGGCAGGCUCUGGGUCUCGGCGGGAUCAGGCCAGGCAGCUGGUCACCGAUCUUGAGACCCGAGGGAGGCAGGCCCUUCCUCUCUUCAUCUCCUGCUUAGAGGACACAGGCCAAGACACCCUGGCUUCAUUCUUGCGAAUUAGCCGGCAAGCAGCCGGCAAGCAGGAUCCAGAGGCUGUUAAACCCCUAGACCACCUGGUGCCUGUGGUCCUGGGACCAAUCGGACUCACACCAAAGGAGCAGAGAGUAGUGAAGCUGGAGCCAUCUCAGCCUGCCCAGGGAAACCUCACACCCGUGGUGCUGGGGCCAGAAGAACUCUGGCCUGCUCGCCUCAGACCAGAGGUUCUCAGGCCAGAAACUCCCAGGCCAGUGGACAUUGGUUCUGACAGAAGCCAUGAUGCCUGUGCUCCAGAGAAGAUCAAGGGUCAUGCAGAUAUGGCAUACAUCCUGGAUGCAGACCCCUGUGGCCACUGCCUCAUCAUCAACAAUGUGAACUUCCACCCUUCCUCGGGGCUCAGCACACGCACUGGCUCCAACGUGGACUGUGAGAAGCUUCAACACCGCUUCCGCUGGCUGCAUUUCAUGGUGGAGGUGAAGAACGACCUGACUGCCAAGAAAAUGGUUGCGGCUCUGGUGGAGAUGGCACAACGGGACCACCGCGCCCUGGACUGCUUUGUGGUGGUCAUCCUCUCUCAUGGGUGCCAGGCCAGCCACCUGCAGUUCCCGGGUGCCGUCUAUGGCACAGAUGGAUGUGCCGUGUCCAUCGAGAAAAUUGUGAACAUCUUCAAUGGGACUGGCUGCCCUAGCCUGGGAGGGAAGCCGAAGUUGUUCUUCAUCCAGGCCUGUGGUGGCGAGCAGAAAGACCAUGGCUUUGAGGUGGCCUGUACUUCCUCUCAAGGCAAGGCCUCUGACAGUGACUCUGAGCCAGACGCUGUCCCAUACCAGGAAGGCCCAAGGACCUGUGACCAGCUGGAUGCCGUGUCAAGUUUGCCCACUCCCAGUGACAUCCUUGUAUCCUAUUCCACCUUCCCAGGUUUUGUCUCCUGGAGAGACAAGAAGAGUGGCUCCUGGUACAUUGAGACCUUGGACGGCAUCCUGGGGCAGUGGGCUCGCUCUGAAGACCUGCAGUCCCUCCUCCUCAGGGUUGCCAAUGCUGUUUCUGAGAAAGGAAUUUAUAAGCAGAUUCCUGGGUGUUUUAACUUCCUCCGGAAGAAACUGUUUUUCAGGACUUAAUGAGGCCGGGGCUGCUCAUCGCCUCAUUGUUCUGCCCUAAACCUUCAUGCCCUGGAGGUGGCUGAGACCAGGACUGUCCUGCAAAGCCAGGGUUUUGGAACUGGGACAGGCCGCUCUUUCCCCUUGUGUGGCAGACAGGCUCCUAGCAGCUUCCAGGUUGGUGAGAGACGCAGAGCGGUGGAGGGAGAGUGUGCUGUGGAUGCCACCUGGCCUCUUCAUCUGUGACCCCAGGCCCUCUCUAGAGCAGGGCUUCUCUGCCGCUGCACGGCUGACGUGUGGGGGGUGUAAUCCUGUCAUGGGAUUAUCCUGUGUAUUACAGUGUGUUUUGCACCAUCUCUGGUCUCUACCUGCCAGCUGCCAGGAGACCCUUCCUAAGUUCUGCUAACCAGAAAUGUCUUCAGACAUUGUCACAUGUGCCCUAGGGGACAUAACAGCCCCCACUGGAGGACCACUGUCCACAGGGGUCUGGGGCUCAGACCCGCAGUCCAGCGGGCCAGUGUGAACACCUGGAUCUCUGAGUCUCACUGAAGUUUCCAGAAGGGUUCAUUUUCCCUUUAUUGUAUCAUUUAUUCUUAAAAAUAAAUCUUGGGCCAAAGGUCUUCA